ACCUCACUCACGCCUCCACCCUCGGUUGGAAUGGAGCACAACGCAACCAAGGAUCUCCACUGAAUCACUCACUUGGGCACAAGUAGUAACAGCGGUAGCGAACAAGGCCGUAGGGCCAUGUCGCCGUCGUCGUCGUUGUCGUCGUCAGUGUUGUCAUCGCCUCGAGUCGUCGUCACCGUGACGCCGUGGGCCGUCGCGUGCACUCUGCUGGGGCUGCUCGCGCUGGCCGCGGGGAGGAAAUGGGAGCCGUCGCAAGCGGCGGUGCUGCUGGAGUGCAUGCGCGAGUGGUGCGCGGACUUCUUCGGGUGGUCGUACAGCUCGCAGUGCUUCCAGGCGGAGCUCGUCACGUGCGACGAGGACGGCAUGGUUACCAGCAUGAGCCUGGUGGGCAUGGGGCUCAACGGCAGCAUCCCUUCCUCCAUUGGCCUGCUCACCCGCAUGACGUACCUGGACCUGAGCGACAACCAUCUGGGCAGCACCGUCCCACGCUCCCUGCAGCACCUCUCGUACAUGGACACACUCAACCUGGCGAAGAACGAGCUCAACGGCUCCAUACCUGAGUUCAUUGGCACGCUCACCCGCACCACCUUCCUCAAUUUGGCGGGCAACCAGUUUUCCGAGUCUGUUCCUUCCAGCGUGGGAGACCUCGUUUCGCUGCACUACCUCGACAUCAGCAACAACUCUCUCUCAGGCGCCCUCCCGCCAUCGCUCGGCAACCUCACCGACCUCCGGAGCCUCAAGUUCAACUCGAGUAUGGCGGCGCCCGUGUGCCCGUCCUCGGGCGAGUGCACGGUGCGGCAGAACAUGUCCUCCGCCUUCUGCUCCGUCUGCGCUGUGUUCUGCCGAACCUGCGGCGAACUGCUUGGCACCUCGGCCCCGGAGUCUCAGCCGUCCUCGGUUCCUUCGCCUCCGUCCCUUCCGUCAAUCGCUCCCGCCUCUGCCUCGCUCCCACCCCCAGCACUCGCAUCCCUACCAGCCCCUGCAUCUCUCGCUCCACCCUCCCUCUCCUCCAUCCCUCCCCCGCCCACCUCCUCCCCACCUAUUCCUGCGCCUGUUUCAAAUUCUGGCAAUGCCACUGCUGCUGAAGGAAGCACUAGUGGUACCAGAAAGGAGGUGCCUGAGUCCGCAGUGGCACUGGCGGUGGUAGCAGCUGCGCUGGCAGCAGUGGCGGUGGCGUGUUUGCUCAUGGGCGUGCGGUGGGCCAUGGAUAGAAGAGACAGGUCAGGGAACAAGGCUGCGUGGGAGCCGCCUGCUUGAGUUUUGAACAAAGCAGGCCUUUCCAAUCUUCCGGAAUGUUGACUGCUUGUGCUUGUGCUUACAGAGGCAGGCAGACCUCGACCUAGAAUGCACCCCAACUCAGGGUUGAGGUCGCUCGCUACAAUUGCCCCUUCGUUAGCGCUUCAAUAAGAGUUAUUC